GAGUGGGUGAGAGAGAGAGAGAAUAGCGUUAGCCGGAGGCGGCGGUUGUUGGAGCGCUGCUGGUUACAGCGGAGGAUUUUUAUUUUAACUUGAUGUUUCUCCACAAUCUGGGCACCAACAUGAAUUUUAAACCGAGUCGAGACAGACUUUAUACAACAAGAUGUUGUGGAUGUUGCCAUGUCAGGACGGGGACGAUUAUUCUCGGCACUUGGUACAUGGUUGUGAACCUGCUGAUGGGAAUCCUGCUGACGGUGGCAGUCACUCAUCCGGAGAACGUGCCCUCGGUUGACCUGCAGUACGAGGUCAUCGAGCACUACUUCGCCUCAGACAGAAUGUCAGAAAAUGCUUGCGUGGGAUUCGCCAUCUCCCUCCUGAUGCUCACCAUCAGUGCCAUGAUGGUGUACGGAGCCAUUACCCACCGUGAUGGCUGGCUCAUCCCGUUCUUCUGCUAUCAGCUGUUUGACUUUGCUCUGAGCUGCUUGGUGGCCAUCAGCUCCCUCACCUACCUGCCCAGGAUCAAGGAUUAUCUGGAUCAGCUGCCGGACUUCCCGUACAAAGACAAUCUCCUCUCUCUGGACUCCAGCUGUCUCCUGCUCUUUGUGCUCAUCUUCUUCGCUCUCCUCAUCAUCCUGAAGGCUUAUUUGAUCAACUGCGUGUGGAACUGCUACAAAUACAUCAACAACAGAAACAUGCCAGAGAUCGCUGUUUAUCCUGCUUUCGAGGCUCCACCUCAGUACAUCCUCCCCACCUACGAGAUGGCCAUGACGAUGCCAGCGAAGGAGCCUCCGCCCCCUUACAUGCCCGCCUGAAAAGCCUCCCUGAUCGAGUCACUGCAGAUGCUGUCCUUGGUUUUUCUGAUUGAUUCCACUCUUCAGUCUGUAAAACGGAGGGUGUUUACGAUUCCCCACCACUAUCACUUUUAAAGCUCUGCAUAUUGCAUAGACUUAACCAUCGUCAUCAUCCGCAUGACUCUCAUAAACAUGUCGUGACAGCUCAUCACAGAUCUAUUUUUGUAAAUGAAUAGAAAGUAAAGACGCCGCGAGUGGGAUUUACGGGGAAAAGAGUUGUUCCCUGUCGAGGGGGGAAUUCGGUUUGCAGUGUUGGAGCCUCAUUGUGAGCUCGGUUGCAUAGUGACUUGUGCUUCUGACAGCUUUUGUAUAGUUUAUUCAUAGUGAACCAUUCUAAUAAAACGUUUCUACUUAGGUGACGUAGAUCAUCUGCCAGCGGGCAACGCACAUGAAGCAGUGUACGCUUUCACCUUUCAUGCUUUUCCUCUUGUUUUUAAUGCUUUCUUUGGAAGAGAUGUUGUGAAAGCCUUUUUUGUUUUGCUUUACCGCUUCAUUGUCUACUAACAUUUUGAAGCACUACUUUCUCAGUCGGCUAAUGCGAAGGAUUCUGCUUUAGUUUAAACACCGAUCAUGACAAUCCAAUGUGAAAUUAAAAGAAAUCUUUGUUUUUCCUUUUGUGUAUUUUGUGUGAAAGUUUAAAAAAAAAUGUAAAUGCAUAGGCAAAAGAGGUUUUAGCACUUUAUCAUGUUUUAUAUUCAAGUCUUGUAACAGUUCAUACAUCCAUCCCUACAUCCAAUCAUCAUCCAUCAGAUCCCACCACAUGCCACCAUCUUGGCAGCGUUUAUCGUGCUGUGUUGUGGUAGAUAGUGAUCAUGCUUUCGACACAUUGCUGACAAGAGAGGAGGCUCUUCUCUCACGACACAAUGCUUUGGAUAAACAUGACUCUCUGCUAGUAUUGUGAAAUUCAGUAGAUGCAUGCUACUCUCCUUCUUGGUCUCUCUCUUUUUUUUUUUUCUUGUACACUUUCUGGUAAGUCAAUUAAUUCAAUAAUAAACAUUUUGAAACAUUG